AUGACAACAUUUGACUUCUCUGAUGUGGAGGCGUUUUUGGACUGCCACCCGGAUCUCUUCGAGGAGUAUCUCGUUCGAAAGGCGAAAUGUGACCAGGUUAGCAGGUGGUUGAGGGAGCAUCAGCCGCCGAAAGUGCCAACAGCGGAGGAGAGACUCGGCGCUGUGAGGGACCCGCUCUGGCCGACCAACCCAGACGGGCUCCGACGCAGAUCGUCCCAUAUGGAGCUGCGGCGCAACUUCGCCCGGUCCAAAGCCACCACUACACACAGGACCUAUGACGAGCAUGUGAGCCUUAGUGAACAAGAGUCCCAAUCCAGCAUGAGGCGCCGUGCGCUCCUGCGUAAAGCCAGCUCUCUGCCACCGACCACCGCGCACAUCCUGAGCGCCCUGCUGGAGUCCAGAGUCAACGUGCCCCAGUACGCGUCCAGUGCCAUCGAGUACAAAUACAGACUAAAAGAAACCAACGAAAGAGAGUUUUUCUUGGAGUUAGUAAAGGAUAUCUCCAAUGAUUUGGACCUGACAAAUCUGAGUUAUAAGAUCUUAAUUAACGUCUGUAUCCUGGUUGACGCAGACAGGUGUUCACUUUUCCUCGUUGAGGGACCAGCACAUAAGAGGACGCUGGUGUCCAAAUUCUUUGAUGUCCACUCAGGUACCACAGUCAGACCGUCCUCCAGCACUCUAAACUCCAAUGAAGUGCAGGUGCCAUGGGGAAAGGGUAUCAUUGGAUAUGUGGCAGAGCACGGAGAGACUGUAAACAUCUCAAAUGCGUAUGAGGACCACCGCUUCAGUGAUGAGAUAGACAAGUUAACAGGCUACAAGACUCAAUCCAUCCUCUGUAUGGCCAUCUGCAACAGUGAUGGAGAAGUCAUAGGUGUUGUGCAAGCAAUCAACAAAAACCCCAUGGGCAGUCCCUUCACUGAAGAUGAUGAGAAGGUGCUGCAGAUGUAUCUACCAUUCUGUGGAAUAUCAAUUUCCAAUGCCAAGUUGUUUUCUGAGUCUCGCAAGGAGUAUGAAAGGACUAGGGCUCUUCUGGAGGUGGUCAACGACCUGUUUGAGGAGCAGACUGACUUGGAGAAGAUUGUCAGGAAGAUCAUGCAGAGAGCGUUGACCCUCCUGCAGUGUGAACGCUGCUCUGUGCUUCUCCUUGAGGACAUAGACUCACCGGUUGUGAAGUUCUCCAAGACAUUUGAGCUAAUGUCUCCCUUGUGCAAUGUGGACCGUGAAAACAGCAUGGAGAAGCUUUCGUGCUCUGAUUGGCUGAUCAAUAAUAGCAUUGCUGAGCUGGUGGCUUCCACAGGACUGCCUGUUAACAUCAGCGAUGUGUGUCAGGACCCACGCUUUGAUGCUGAGGCGGAUCAGGCCUCAGGAUUUCAUAUCAGAUCCGUGUUAUGUGUCCCUAUCUGGAAUCGAACUCAUCAGAUUAUCGGGGUUGCACAAAUUCUGAAUCGUCUGGACAGGAAGACCUUCAGCGAUGCAGAUCAGAGGCUGUUUGAGGCAUUUGUGAUAUUCUGUGGACUUGGAAUCAACAACACUAUGAUGUACAAUCAAGUUAAGAAGACGUGGGCCAAACAGUCUGUAGCUCUGGAUAUGUUGUCUUACCACGCUACCUGCUCAAAGGUAGAAGUUGACAGACUCAAGGCAGCUAAGAUCCCACUGAGCAGUGAAUUAGGCAUCAUUGAGUUUCACUUCAACGACUUCUCUUUGGACAGUGAUGCCAUGAUCACUGCAUCACUCCGGAUGUUUCUGGAACUUGGUGUUGUCCAAAAAUUUAAAAUUGACUAUGAGGUUUUGUGCCGCUGGCUUCUGACUGUGAGGAAGAACUAUCGAACUGUGGCAUAUCAUAACUGGAGACAUGCCUUCAACGUGUCCCAGUGCAUGUUUGUUAUCAUCACAACAGCCAGCUUUCAGGAUGUUUUGUCAGAUGCAGAGAUUCUGGCACUGAUGGUUGGCUGUCUGUGCCAUGACUUGGACCAUCGAGGCACCAACAACGCAUUUCAAGCAAAGACGGGCUCUGCUCUGGCUUUGCUCUAUGGGACGUCAGCCACCCUGGAACAUCAUCACUUCAACCACGCAGUCAUGAUCCUACAGAGUGAGGGUCACAACAUCUUUGCAAACCUCUGCUCUAAAGAGUACAGCAACAUGAUGCACCUAUUGAAGCAGGCUAUUCUCUCCACAGACCUUACUUUGCACUUUGAGCGCAGAACCAAGUUCUUUGAGUGUGUUCUUUCUGGAGAAUUCAGCUGGACAGAUGAAGGACACCGAGAAGUUCUCAGGUCUAUGCUGAUGACAGCGUGCGAUCUGGGUGCUGUCACUCGUCCUUGGAAGAUAUCCAAACAGGUUGCAGAGCUGGUGACUAGUGAAUUCUUUGAACAAGGUGACAGGGAGAGGUCUGAGCUUAAGUUGACCCCAGCGGCCAUAUUCGACCGCAAUCGCAAAGAUGAAUUACCUGCUUUACAGUUGGAGUGGAUAGAUGGGAUCUGUAAACCCCUUUACCAGGCAUUGCUGAAGCUUAACAGGAAAUUGCAGCCGAUGAUUGAUGGGAUCGAUGCCAAUCGAAAGAAGUGGCAGGAGCUCUGCUCAUCGUAUCAGCAGAAACGCAGAGCCUCAAUGCCCAAUCAGAUUACUGAACCAAGUCAGAAUCCAGAGUCCUGUGAAAAGCCAGAGUCCACAAAGACUAUGAAGCCAGUUGAAAAAGAUGUGUUUUCAGGCUAG